AACUCAUUCAAGAUGGCGGCCAAUUUUGAAAGUAUUUCGUCCUUCACUGUGUUGGACUACAUACCAAUAAAGAAAUACCGGUCUAAAAGAACGGGAAUUCAGUUUUGUUUCGCCCAAGUUCCAGGUCCACUUGUCAAUGGCUACCUGUGCCUAGCAACUGAGGCUCAUGAUGAUGACGGCCUGCCACAUACCCUGGAACACUUGGUCUUCAUGGGCAGCGAAGACUAUCCAUAUAAGGGUUUGUUGGAUUUACUGGCAAAUCGUUGCUUGGCACAAGGUACCAAUGCCUGGACAGCAACAGACUAUACCUGUUAUACCAUUGAGACAGCUGGUAGUGAAGGGUUUAUCAACUUGUUACCAAUCUACCUGGAUCAUGUACUCUAUGCAACACUUACGGAAUCUGCUUAUGUGACAGAAGUACAUCACGUCAAUGGUGAAGGUGAGGAUGCUGGAGUAGUCUACUGUGAAAUGCAGGCAAGAGAAAACAGUGGAAGAAGCAGAACACAUCUUAAACUGUUGAGAAAUCUUUACCCAGGACAUUGUGGACUCAAGUCAGAGACAGGAGGUAUUAUGGCAAAUCUACGGACAUCUUGUAGUCAUCAAAAGGUGUGUGACUACCACCGGCAGUUCUAUCGACCUGAGAACCUGUGUGUCAUCAUAACUGGAAUGGUUGAUCCAGACAAGGUGUUUGAGGCUAUCACACCAUUUGAAGACAAAAUCCUCUCCAAGGGAUCUCUUCCGCCAUAUACAAGACCUUGGCAAGAUCCUAUCCCACCCCUCCCCUCUAGUGUCAACAUUUCAAUCCAGUUCCCCACAGAGGACGAAACAUCUGUAAUGGUUCUGGUUGGCACCAGGGGACCAGGGUCUAAUGAUCGGCAUGGUUUAGCAGCUGUUCAUGUCAUUAUGGACUACCUGACUGACACCUCAAUCGCACCUUUGCAGCAACACCUAGUUGAAAUUCCUGAACCUUACUGCGGUGACGUUGGGUAUGACCUGAUCGAGCAUCCACAAUCCUGCCUCUAUAUUAUGGCUGAUAAUGUUGCAGCAGAAAAGUUAACAGCCACAAAAGACAAGAUUCAUGAAGUCUUGCGUGAAAUUGCCUCCGGUCGGGAGAUAAUUGACAUGGGUCGAAUGGCAUCUGUCAUCAACAGGUUGAUUCUUGAUGCAAAAGACAAGAUAGAGAAUGAUUCUCAUCAUACGUUUGCGGACUUCAUGAUCUUUGACUUUCUGUAUUCAAAGAGUAAUGAUCAGCUGGAGUCAAGAACCAAACUCAUUACUGAAUUGGAAAAUUUGGCAUGUGAGUCUGCUGAUUAUUGGGCAAAAUUAGUAAAGCAGUAUUUCGUAACUGCACCAGUUGUCACGGUUAUAGGAGAACCAAGUGAUCAGCUGAUGAAGACAAUGGCAGCAGAAGAGAAGCAAAGAGUGGAGGAACAGAAGAAGAGACUUGGCGAUGAAGGACUGGCUGAGAAAGCAAAACGGCUUAAGACUGCUUCUGAUGACAAUGAGAUUCCAGCUCCUGUAGAAGUGGUCAGCAGUAUCCCAGUUCCGUCAACAUCCAGCAUCCACUUCCACCCUAUCAAAACCUUCAGCAAUCGUCAUUGCUGCAACUCUGCUAAAGCUGAUCAGGAAGCCUCUACAUGUUUGUUCCCUGUCCAAGAAAUCCCAUUUGCCUUCCAACUGGAUCAUGUCAUGACCAUGUUUGUUGAGAUUACAGCCUUGUUUGACACCAGUGUCCUUCCUGAUGACCUCAAACCAUACCUGAGUCUCUUCCUUGAGGUUCUAUUUGAAUCUCCAUUGACAAGAGAUGGAACCCUGGUACCCUAUGAGCAGGUUGUAGCAGAACUCACAGCGGAUACCCUGGGGUAUUCUGCUUGCAUUGGAGUAAAAGGUUCACGCUUCAUGCCUGGUAACUUUGAACAGCUUGCUACCAUCAAAUUUAAGGUCGAGGCAGAAAAGUAUGAACGAGGAGUCAAAUGGUUGCACGACAUCUUGUUUAACACUGUUAUCACCAAGGAAAGGUUGGAUAUUGUAGCCAAGAAAAUGAUCAAUGAGGUUGCAAGUAUGAAGAGAGAAGGUCGUGUGGUAACCAAGACACUUCUCCAUAGCAUCCUCUUCUCUAAAGACAGCAACCUCUUCACUGCGAAUAUGAUCAGACAGCAUGUUCUUCUUACCAAGAUAGUAGAAGAGCUAGACACCAAUCCUAAAAUGGUCAUAGAUAAAGUAGAAGCUCUAAGAAAUGUGCUGACGAAGCUAUCAAAUAUUCGUGUUCACGUGGCUGCUGAUGCCAAGAAAUUGCCUAGCAACGCUGGUGACGUAUGGAAAGCAACAUUUUCGGCGGAAACAUCUGCGGUUACCAUACCAACAAGUUUACCUAGCGUCCCUUCUACCAGCACCUUCAUUACAAAACCGCUGGUCCACGGGAAGAUUGUUGGCGUGGGCUCAGUCGAAUCGUCAUAUCUAACACAAGUCUCGCCGUGUAUCAAUACAUAUGAUCAUGAGGACUUGGCUUCUAUUAUGGUAUACCUGGAGUGCUUGAUUACCCUAGAGGGUCCUAUUUGGCGUCAGGUCAGAGGAUUAGGGCUCAGUUACAGUUACAGCAUGCGUGUAGACCCAGGUCAAGGGUCGUUGAUAUUCAUGUUGGCGCGUUCAACACAUCUUGUCAAGGCAUACGAGAAAACCAAAGAGAUCGUGGAUGGAUAUCUCUCAGGCCAGACCCUUUUUGACUCAAGCGAUUUGGAGGCUGCUAUUAGUAGCGUCAUUUUUGGGAUUAUUAACCGCGAGAAAAGCGUUUCAUCAACUGCUUAUCAGAGUAUGAUUGCACCUUUCAGGAAUGUUGGAUCAGGAUAUAACAGAAACCUACUCGAGAGGGUUUCCAAGGUAACGAUUCAUGAUCUGGACCGCGUGGGGCAGAAGUACAUCGCCCCUUUGUUUGACCCUCUGACGUCACGGUGUGCUGUGUGUUGUCACCCAUCGAAAGUAGAAGAGAUCAGAGAAGGACUCGGAAAGCUUAACAAAGAUCUGAUUGUCGUGUCCUCCCUCGAGGAAGAAUUCAAGUGGUGAUAUACAUUGAUCCCAUCUAAUGAUUUAUUAUUUAGUAUAUCUAAUAUAAUAACAAAUGAUAUUCCUUACACUACAAUCACUAUGACACACGACACUUCUCGGCAUAGGUGUUUAGACUUCUUGUCGAUAAUGGCUUUGUGGGAUAGGUAGUUUCCGGUCCUACUCUCAAUUUCACCACGGGAAGCCCAAAACUAUUUAAUUUCACCAUUUUCAAACUGCAUUAAUGCGGGGGGUAUGUGCACAACACACAGACACUCAAUGAGACAAAUAAAACUGUAACCGCUGUUUAUUAUCAUAAGUUACUUAUGGUAUUUUACAUCAGUUUCCCCCUUGAUAAUUUACGUUAUUCAAAUAUGAAUGAAUUAAAAUCUAAAAUUGAAA